GCCCAGUGCGCCUGCGCAGACCGACUGAGCGACCCGGGAGAAACUGAGGCAGAGGUCCAUAGGCCCGAGUGAGGAAGCCACCCGUCUCUUUUUAUAAAUGGGGAAACUGAGGCACUGGGACCAUAAAACAUAUGGGAGCAGGGAGGCUUCUGAAAAGGAAAGUGACCCCCAGGAUCACCCAGUGAAGGUAGUAGCAGAGCUAAGACUCGAACCCAAGACUGUUCAGACACCCUUCCUCUCCUUCAUGAGACCAAAGAUCUGGAGCUGGAAGAGGCCCCAGGGACCACGUGGUCCCGCUCCUCAUUUUACAUCGAGCCCCAGAGAUAAGCAGCAAAGGGCUGAAUUCGAACCCAUGCCCUGUGUGAGCCCAGAGGUUACAGCUAAGGACCAUUUGCCAUCUGCCCGGCCAAGCCUCAGACACAAGGUGGAUGAGCAUGAGCAAGACGGGAAUGAGCUGCAGACCACUCCAGAGUUCCGGGUUCACAUAGCGAAAAAACUGGGAGCCUUAUUAGACAGCUUUAUCGCCAUUUCAGAAUCCGGCCCCAGGCCCGCGCAGGCUGCCGUGCAGACAGCUCCCGGGGAGGACGAUGGCUUCCGUCUCUUCUUCACGUCCGUCCCAGGCAGCCCAAAGGACGCAGCUCCUCCCGUCAGGAGCAGAAAGCGGCCUCCGUCCAGUUCUAGCAGUGACUCAGACAGCGAUGAGGAGUGGAGGAGAUGCCGGGAGGCGGCGGUGUCUGCGACAGACAUUCUGCGGCCUGGAGCCCUGCCUGCCCAGGAGGCCCCCGCGGAGCAGCAGUUGCCCAGGAAGAAGAAGAAGAAGAAGAAGAAGAAGAAGAAGAAGAAGAAGAAGGGAGAGCAGCAGGUCGGGCAGGGGAAGGAAGCUGGUCCCCGGGGGACCCCGGAGAAGCAGCCUCGGCCCCUGCCCCUUCACAGGGAGCCAGAAGGGGGAGAGGCCCAGCACAAUGGGGGCCACACACCGCUCACCACAAAGAGAAAGAAAAGGAGGAAGAAAAACCGAACGGAGGAAAGCGAGGCUCUGCCGUUCCCAGCGCAGAAGGGCCGAGCGGCCAGUACCUCUGAGUAACUCCGUCGUCAGCAGCGGCGCCUGCCUCCAGCAGCCGCUGCCACUCUAGGCCCGGGUCUGUCAAAUGAGGAGGACACCCCUCCCCAGGAAGAGGGACGCAGCAGGCCGCUCCCAAACGGGCCCAGGGCUGGAGAGCUGUGGGCUUUCCUGGGAGCCACGGCGGCCCUUCCCUCCAUGCCCUCUGGCCUCCCUUCAUACCCGUUCUCUGCCUGGGCCUUGGGCACGGCCUGGAGGAGCACUGGGAGGGCACCCUGGAGUUGUGGCGAGGCCUGGCCACCAUCUGCAUCGCUGGACUCCUCGGGGGCCCUCGGCCGCUUGAGGGCAGGAGCCUAAUAAAGCUCGUGGUCAGCAGCGCCCUGGUGCUCUGGCUCCUGUUCCAUCAGGCUGGGGUCCUGGCUGAGGGUCACCCAAGAGGGACUGGGCAAUCCCUUCUUGUCCCUGAAGCCGCUCUGGGUCUAGCAACUGGAGAGACCCAGCCGUGCCUGGGACAGGACCCUGUGGAAUCACUGCGGAAAUACUCCAUGUGCAUUCUCUUCCUGCGUCCUCCCCUUUCCCUCUUCACUCCCCAGCCCUGUGAGCCCCUGAGGACUUUAUUUGUUUUCUGAAAAAAUAUAGAAGUUUCCUGAAGAUUCCUGAAAA